UCUUCUCAGAAUGAGGACUGUGUGCAGGAUUUGUCUUUGCCAAGGGGAAAUACUAGAAAAACGUUUUUUUUCCCCCCCCCGCAAAUUCCUCUCACGAGGAAAAUGCGAUUUUUGCUUUCACAACAUUCCAGUCUGACACAGUCAUGAAGGACGGCUGGUAAAAAUGAACAGGCGAGGUUCACACUCACAAUAGAAUGUCUACACUGGGUUUUGCUUCCCCCCUUAGAGAUGAACUUAUCAAUGGAAACAUGACCUCUGUGAUUUAAAAAAAAAAAACCACCCAAGAAAUCUUUUCACGGUCACCCAUGAUAAUUGGCCACUUAGAUCACUCAAAUCAGUGCUGUUUCCAAGUUUGAAGAAUGCUGGUGCCAUCACAGCAAUGACUUGUGCGUCAGAAGGGUCAUCCGUCCAAUCAGACACCACGGGCCAAACCUGUCAGCCAAUUUGGAAGAUGAAUCCAACGGGGUAUUUAAAGAGUGGGUACCAAAAUAAAGGGAAAGAAGUUCUGAAAACGCUACAAGAUGACACCAGCUGCCUUCCACCUUGGAUUCUCCCUACGGACACUCUCUCUCCUCUCUGUCGCCCUGCUGGCUCCCCUGCCGGGCCUCACAGCCCCAGUCCGGCCCAGUGUGGAGCACCCUGGCUGGGAGGACGCCCUACUCCGGCUCCAGGCUUUGCUCGGCCUACCUGGAACAGCCUGGAUGCCACGGGACCCGUCUGGAGUGCUGCAGCCUAACGGGCAGAGCGACGGUCUGUCCCUGGAGCACGACGAGGAAGAGGAGGAGGAGGACACCAAGAGGGCGCGGAGGGAGGACUGGUUAAGGAAGUCCGUGGGUCAAUUUCCAGAGCGCCCCCUGGAGACUGGUCCCCAUAUGGCGGUAGGAGAAGGAGAAGGGGCAGAGAAGACCAAAGCUCUGACGUCCAUUGCAGGGGGUCUUCAGGCCAUCAACAGACAGAAAGGGGGAUUCGGGUUCCGUUUUGGGAAAAAGUGAGGGACAGACGAGGAGAGAAAGAGGAUGGGGGGGUAAGAAAUAGGGGCGGGGUUACGGUGGGGCAGAAGCGGAGGGGUCAGAGAGUGGAGGCUUAUUCAAGGUGUGAGAUCACAGAUAUGUGAUUAGAAUGUUCUUAACUGAACGUUCUAAUGUUGAUGUCACAAUCACUGCCGGUAACUUAAAGCAACGGAGUUCUAGAACACCGACGUAGAAUUUUGAAUAAACUUACUGGAAAAAAAACAAAGGGUUAAAUAGAUCACUAGCUGGGUCUGAAAAUAAGAUGACAUAGAGCAGGUCUCGUUCAUCAGCAGGUUGGAAAGAAAGGAUGAAAAGAGGAGAAAGAAAGAGUGAGAGGUAGAGAGAGGGAAGAACAAACUACAGGAAAUGGCAAAACGUGGGAGAGUAAAAAGGAAGAAUAACAUUAAAGAUAGAAAGAAGAAAUAUGUUGAAAGGAAAAGUUCAUAGAAAGAACCCAGAUAAAAAGGUUGAUGAAGAUGAACGGAUGAAUGUAUGGAAGAGAUAGAGAAAAAUGGAAAGAAAGACAGAGAGUGGGAAAGACAGAUGAAGAUGGAUUUUCUGGGUAAAAAUAGGGUGAAACUCAAAUCCUGGAUGGCCACAGGAUCUGCUGGGUUCUGGUGUGUUUCAAAACCUAAGAGCUUAAUUUAAGUCACUAACUGACUUUAUUUCCAAAGACCAAAUUACCUGCUGAUUUGACAGGAAACCACAAAAACCUGCAGACAUUGUAGUUUUUUGUUUGUUUUUUUUUUUUUGUUGGUUUACCUGUCUAUGUUCUUUCCAUGUACAAUGUGUAUGUAAUAUUACAGAA